AUGGCAGACAAGGUAAAAGCCGCUGCGGUGGCAGAAGCAAUGCACAUCAGAGACUUGACAGCUGAAGCAGCCAGAUCGGGAGCGUAUCUCUAUCCAUUCAAGGGAAUCGUCUAUUUCCUCUCCCACCGCAGUCUCUGGCAGCCUCUCCUCUCCCGGAUCGGUCCUACCUUGAGUCUCGGUCUGAGCGUGACGUCCGCCAUGUUCUUCUUCACGUACGUACCGCAAGCAGCGGUGCUGGCGUUUACAAGCGGGCCGAUGGCGCCUAUCUCUGCCGCGCUGCUGGUGCUAAGCGAGAGCUCGACGAUCCUCAACGCGCUAUCGCGGUCUUUUUCACUUCAAGACGUGUCGCUGGUCGACACGUUCGACGGCACGCUCAUCGCCAGAGGCCAUGAAGCCCUCGUCGCCGACGGCCGGCAGUUGUCGACAAGCGGCAAAAAAGGCGACGACCCUAUUGCCCGUCUGGGCAAGCUGCUCAAACGCCCAUUCACCAAGCUGUCCCCCCACGCCCUCUUGCGCUCGCUGCUCUACCUCCCGCUCAACUUCAUCCCCGUCGUCGGGACGAUUGCCUACAUUGUCUUCCAAGGGAAGAGGAUCGGGCCGAUCGCUCACGAACGGUACUUUCAGCUGAAAGGCUGGAAUGCCAGACAGAGGGAUGAAUGGGUGGAAAGGAAUCGGGCGGCGUAUACGAGUUUUGGCGUCGCCGCGUUUAUACUUGAAAUGGUGCCUUUCGCGUCGUUGGCGCUUGCGUAUACGAAUACAGUGGGCGCAGCGUUGUGGGCGGCUGAUAUUGAGAAGAGAAUGUCGACGGCAUCUGAUAACUUCCGCAAGCAGGAUGGGAAAGCGGAAUAA